GACGGGGGCGGGGCCAGCGUGGUUCUCCAGGCGGCAGCAGGGAUGGCGUCCGGUUCCGUUCGCCUGCGGCGGUGUGUGGUGUCGCCGGCUGGGAGGCACAGCGCCUCUCUGAUCUUCCUGCAUGGCUCAGGUGACACUGGACAAGGAUUGAGAACGUGGAUCAAGCAAGUUCUAACUCAAGAUUUAGCAUUCCAACACAUAAAAGUUAUUUAUCCAACAGCUCCUUUCAGGCCAUAUACGCCUAUGAGCGGAGGACUCUCCAAUGUGUGGUUUGACAGGUUUAAAAUAUCUAUUGACUGCCCAGAACACCUGGAAUCAAUUGAUGUAAUGUGUCAGGUGCUUGCAGAUUUGAUUGAUGGUGAAGUAAAAAGUGGCAUCAAGAAUAACAGGAUAUUAAUAGGAGGAUUUUCUAUGGGAGGAUGCAUGGCAAUGCAUUUAGCAUAUAGAAAUCAUCAAGACGUGGCAGGAGUAUUUGCUCUGUCCAGUUUUCUGAAUAAAACAUCUGCUGUUUACCAGGCUCUUCAGAAAGCUGACGGUGUGCUUCCUGAAUUAUUCCAGUGUCAUGGGACUGCAGAUGAGUUAGUUCCUUAUUCUUGGGGUGAAGAGACAAACUCAGUGUUAAGGUCACUAGGAGUGAGCACACAGUUUCAUAGUUUCCCAGGCGUUCACCAUGACCUAAGCAAAGCUGAGCUAGAAAAACUGACAUCAUGGAUUCUUAACAAGCUACCAGGAGACAUGGAAAGGCAAAAUGAAUGAAUCAAGAUUGAUUUGUUAAUCUGUAUGUAAUGUCUUUGAGAAAUGUGGUUUUUACUGCCAAGUUAUAAUUUGAUAAAUGACCAUUAAAUAUUAAGAACUACCAACAGUUUACUGGCUUAUGUGUUUAAUUAUUGAAAGGCUUGGUACCACAGAGAAUAGUACAAUAUUGCUAAUGGGAAACAUUAAUCAAACACUGUGCAUCAUUUUUCUGAUACAUUUUUGUAAAUAACUGGAGAGCUUUUAAGUAUUUAAACUUUAAAAAAAAAUGGAUUUAAAAAAUUUUUUUAUCUAAAAUGAUAAAGACCAUGGAAGAAAAAAUAGGAACACUAGGGGCCCUAAUACAUGGCAUAAACAGUAUACAAAGCAUUACUAACAAUGCACAAACACCAGAAGAGAAACUAGAUAACUGGGAGCUCCUAAAAAUCAAACACUUUUGCUCAUUCAAAGACUUCACCAAAAGAGUAGAAAGACAACCUACAGACGGGGAAAGAAUUUCUGGCUACAACAAAUCUGAUCAGCAUCUGAUCUCUAAAAUCUAUAAGAUACUGCAAAACCUCAAUGACAAAAAGACAGAUAACCCUAUGAAAAAAUGAGCAAAGGAUAUGAACAGUUUCUUCACCAAAGAAAACGUUCAGGCAGCUAACAGAUACACGAGGAAAUAUGAUCAUUAGCCAUUAGAAAGAAAUGCAAAUCAAAACUACAGUGAGAGGAGGCUGGGCCAAGAUGGCUGACUAGGUAGACGCUACCUCGGAUCACUCUUGCAACAAAGACUCAGAAAAACAAGUGAAUCAAUCACAUACAUGACAAUCUACGAACCCUGACCAUCAAACACAGAUCUAAAGAGUUGACC